GUUGUCUAGUUCUCACCAGACUCUCAGGAUGGUGUCUAACACGAGUACUGUUGUGCUACUCUUAAAGUGUUUACUAUUAAUUGCGUGCCCAAUAUUCAUUACUGCAGCAGAUUAUUGUGGUCAGAGUUCGGAAGAUGAAAAGUGAAUAUAUAAUUAUCAUUUGCCACCCGGCAUAAUACCAGUACACUAUGAUAUUUGGUUAGACUUGUAUAGGAUGACGGGAACCAAAUACAACGGUGAAACUAAUAUUACCAUCAAGAUCGAGUAUGGAACGCAAUAUAUAACUUUGCACGCACACCGGCUGAAAAUAUUCGAAGAGGAAACAAAAUUAUUUAAUCAUAAGGACGAUACGAUUUUGUGGCCGAUGGACCAUGUGUAUCGACACUCGCAAGUUUUAAUUCUUUUCUUCCAUGAAACGUUGAAACGCGGAAUCUAUACUUUACACUUUAAGUAUAACGGUGACUGCUCUGAGGAAGGUGCAGGUCUUGUCAAACUUCCCGAUACAAACAUAAAAAGCAACAAUUCGAAUUGGAUGAUCGUAUCGCAAUUCGACAAGAUUGGUGCUCGGCAAGCGUUUCCGUGUUGGGAUGAGCCUAAGUUAAAAGCCACUUUCAACAUUACCGUGACGCAUCAUUUACAACAUUGGAUCUUCUCGACCAUGCCAAUACGAGAGGAAAAGCAUGAUGACAUAAAUUUUAGUUUAGAGGCGUUGUCUCACUUCGAAAAGACUCCUAAAAUGUCUACUUACCUCCUCGGGAUUACAGUGAUCGCAGUGGGUCGUUGUGGAUGUCUACUCGACAAUAUUUUCCGCACAUGGUGCAGAGAGAAUUUGAACGUAACAAACAGUUUCCUAGAGGAUAUGGGCCACCGGUUUCGUAGGGUCGCCAGUCACUUGACCCAAUAUACAAAUACUUCCAUGAAACUUCCUAAACUUGAUAUCAUCAUUGUACCAGAUUACGUACCGAAUAUUUCGAGUAGUUGGGGAAUGCUGCUUUUGAAAGAGUCAUGGAUAACUGCUAAAAUUAAUGAAAGUCAAGAAUUUAACGAAAUUCAGAAAGUCAAUCUGACAGGCUUCAUGGCACAUGAAAUGGCGAAGCAAUGGUUUAAUCAUAUUUUUGGUCCGACUUGGUCCGACACGUGGUUAAAUGAUGGACUUGUUUUAUACUUCAAAGCGUACAUCCUUGGCCAGAUGUAUAAAGAGGUAUAUGAAGAGCGAAUGAUGGAUUUUAUAGCGCUCGGACUACAGAAAAGUCUUCAUUUAGAUGAUAUUCGAUCAAGAAAGAAUGAAUUAUUUUAUACGGAAAGUAGUUAUGAAACAGAUUUAAUUGAACCUUUUCUUGUUGCAGACAAAACACUUAUCCUACUGCAUAUGUUGAAAUCUUUGGUUACUGUCGAGACAUUCUGGGAAGGAAUCAAAACCUAUUUAAAUACAUAUCAAUUUCUUUCGGCUACUCCUGAGUCUUUUUACAACGCCAUUCAAAGUGUCCUAAACAAAAAAAACGUUAAAGUCAAUUUUGAGGUGAAAGAAGUAAUGCAUAUCUGGUUAAAUCAAACGACGUAUUCUUUGGUGAAUGUGAGACGAAAUUACAAAGAUAACGAAGCGAGAAUAUCAACAAAUGACGCCGAGGAGCACAAGAGAACGUGGAUACCUCUAACUUUCGCUACAAAGACAUUAGACGAUUUUUCUAAUACUAUGCCUACUCAGUGGCUAAAAUAUGAUAUGACUUUUAGCACUACACUUGCUCAAUGUGAUUGGAUUAUAUAUAAUUUACAACAAAGCGGAUAUUAUCGUGUUAAGUAUGAUGCUACAAACUGGGAAAAAAUAGCGGCUUACUUAAAUUCCAACAAAUUUAAAAAAAUACAUGCCAUUAAUCGCGCACAAAUCAUUGACGACGCCUAUUACUUCCUAGUGGAAAAACAACUUGAUUGUUUUACAUUUUUCCAUAUCACGUUUUAUCUAGCGAAAGAAGUGAAUUAUACAGCAUGGUUUCCCAUGUUCCGAAUUUUGUCAUAUCUGUGGAAAUUCUUCUUACUUCCAUUUAAAGAACCUCUAAUUUUAGAGGCUGUAAAGACACAUAUACUGGGCAUUUUGAACGGGCUUCUUACAAACAUAGGAUACGAUGACAAUGAUGCUGAUGAUGAUAUUACAUUAUUGAUGAGAGGAACUGCCUUAAAAUGGGCCUGUAGAUUUGGUGAUCCUUCGUGCAAAGAAAUGGCAUCUCGUAAAUUGAAAAGGCUUUUGAAUGAUACGUGGGAUGAUUUGAUUUCGUUUCGCAAUAGGACUGUACUACCGCGGGAAGAAUGGAUAAUUUGUAAUGCUUUAAAGGGAGCAGAAAUCCGGAUUCUUAAUAACGUCUGGCACUUAUAUAUAAAAACACGUCAGAAUGUAAUUUUAGAAUUAUUGACUUGCUUUGAACAUCCGAAAGUCGUUAUUGAAUGUAUAAGCUUACUAGACGCAGAAGGAACUCAACUUAAAAAAAUCACAGACAAUCAGCAUUCUCACAUUUUUGAUAUGCUUAUUAGAAAGUAUGCACACAAUGCUGAAGUACUUGACUAUAUAUUACAGAGAUUUAAAAUUGUGAAACCUAGAUCAUAUUCCAAGAGUAGGUUGGUAAAAGAGAUUAUUUCGAAUGUAUAUUCCGAAGAACAACUCAUCAAGACAUACAAUGUUUUCAAGCAGGACACUGAAGUGUCAGAAAAUUUGACUACAAUGAUAAAUGCGCGUUCAAUCCAGCUCCAGGAUAUGAUGACCAGCUUUUUGGAAAUGUUUACGUAGUGAAAAAGAAGUGGACAGAUUCAACUUGAAUAAUUAAUCAAGUUAAUGAGCUGAACAGUUUUUAAUAAUAUUUUUAUACUACUACUUAUUCAUUAAAUAUCUAAUUU